AUGGCAAAUGCAACAGGAGCGGAAUGGGAUUGUGCUUUUGGACAAGCGAGUGACUUUGUGUCCCAGCUCACACUUGACGAGAAAGUGCUGCUUGUCUCAGGCACCGAGGGUCCAUGUGUGGGAAACAUUGCUCCUAUUUAUCGCCUCAACUUCACUGGUCUCUGCAUCCAAAACGGGCCUCUUGCACUCGAGCAAGGCACAUACUCAUCCGUUUUCCCAGCUGGUAUAACCAUAGCGGCUACCUGGGACAAGAAGAUUGCAUUUCAAAGGGGCUUUCAGCUCGCAGAAGAAUUUCGUGGUAAGGGCUCGCAGGUUAUUCUGGGCCCGGUAGCUGGGCCUUUAGGUCGCUCUGGGAUGGGAGGAAGAAAUUGGGAGGGAUUUUCACCGGAUCCAUAUCUGACUGGUGACCUCUUCACAUCUUCGAUCAAUGGUAUACAGCGGGCUGGUGUCCAGGCAUGUGCGAAACAUUAUAUUGGAAAUGAGCAGGAGACCCAGCGCCAACCUACAACCGAUGACGGAGGUAAUACUAUUGAGAGUGUUUCCUCCAAUAUAGAUGACCGUACAUUGCACGAAUUGUAUUUGUGGCCUUUCCAACAAGCAGUAAAGGCUGGAGUGGCAUCGAUCAUGUGCAGUUACAACAGGCUUAAUCAGACAUAUGGUUGUCAAAACGACAAGGCUUUGAAUGGCAUCCUCAAGACUGAGCUUGGUUUCCAGGGAUACGUGAUGUCUGAUUGGGGAGCAACUCAUAGCAGCUCGCCUGCUGUUAAUGCAGGCGAAGAUAUGGAUAUGCCUGGUAUAAGCAAAGGCUACACUGUCUUCUGGCAUCAGCACCUCAAGGAAGCUGUUAAAAACGGAUCUGUUGCAAUUGAGAGACUGGAUGAUAUGUGUCGUCGAGUGAUGACUCCAUACUACCACCUCAAGCAAAAUGAAGGCUUCCCUGCGAUCGAUCCGAGCGAAAAAGAUCUAAACGCGCUCUUGUUUUCAACCCCCGAUGAGUACAGGUUCAAUUUUACGUACGGUUCUCAGCCCAAUGUCGACGUCCGAAAGAAUCAUGGAGCUGCAAUUAGAGCAGCCGCGGCAGCAGGAACCGUGUUGUUGAAAAAUGUGAACAACACUCUACCACUGAACCAACCUGAACGUAUCGGGGUUUUUGGCAACGAUGCAGGCGACCUUACGAAUGGAAUGUCUUACUUUUUUUUCAAUGGUGUUGGAAAGUACGAAUACGGCGUGCUUCCCACCGGCGGAGGAUCUGGUUCUGGUCUAUUCACAUACGUCGUGAGUCCAUUGGAAGCUAUCAAGCAGAAGGUGAAUUUCAAGAAAACGCUGGUUCAGUAUGUCUUGAAUAACAGUGCCAUCACUGAGCCUGACAGUCCAUACCUCCUCGCUUUUCAGCCGUCUACCCCCGAUGUUUGUCUGGUCUUUUUGAAAAGUUGGGCGACUGAAAGUGAAGACCGAGAGACUUUGAGUUUUGACUGGGACGGAGACAAGGUUGUCGAGAACAUUGCUGCAAUGUGUCCUAAUACAGUCGUCAUCACUCACUCAAAUGGUGUGAAUGUUAUGCCCUGGGCAAACCAUCCUAAUGUCACGGGCAUUCUCGCUGCUCAUCUUCCUGGAGAGGAGGCUGGUAACAGUAUCGUAGAUGUCCUCUGGGGUGACGUUAACCCAUCAGGUCGUCUGCCAUACACCAUCGCGAACAAAGAGUCCGAUUACUCUUUCGCUCCGAUUACCAACUCUACAACUCUGGUCAACACUCAUGACCCAACGGCAUGGCAGGCAAACUUUACGGAAGAAGUUUUGAUCGACUAUCGCCAUUUUGACUAUUACAAUAAGUCCGUGCUCUAUGAAUUCGGAUAUGGUCUUUCCUACACCACCUUCUCAAUUAGCAAAGAGAUCGACAUUCAUUCUUUGUCCAAAGGGCAUGUAACAGCGACUCCACCUAACGCAAAGACUCUGCCCGGUGGAAACCCGCAUCUCUGGGAUGAUCUGUAUGAAUUGUCUGUGUCGAUCAAGAAUACCGGCAAGGUCGCAGGCGCUGCCGUGCCUCAACUGUAUAUUAUGUUGCCUCGAGGCUCUGUGAAAGGAUACGUGGCCAAAAGUGUUCUGCGAGGGUUUGAGAAAGUACACCUCACUCCAGGACAGUCGGAGAAGGUGACAUUCAAAUUGAGCCGGCGCGAUAUCAGUCACUGGGAUACCGUCCGUCAGGAGUGGGUGAUUCCAACCGGAAAAGCGGAGGCUAGAGUUGGUUUCUCAAGUAGGGAUUUCCAUGCGUCUACAUCAUUUCGACCCCUGGAAUAA